CUUUCAUGGUUCUACUUUACUCUCUCUCUCUCUCUUUCUCUGUCUUGUGGAAACGAAGGAGAAGAAGAAGAAGAUCUUAGAAGAGAUUGGAUAAGGAAGAGGAAGAGGAAGAAUGUUUUGGUUCAACAGAAAAGGUCCGUCUGGUUUCUCCUAUUCUUCAACGGCCGAGGAAGUCACCGAAGGAGUAGACGGCUCUGGUCUCACCGCCAUUGUCACAGGGGCUUCAAGUGGUAUCGGAACUGAAACAAGCCGUGUUCUAGCAUUACGUGGUGUUCAUGUUAUCAUGGCGGUUAGAAACAUGGAUGCAGGCAUAAAGGCUAAGGAAGCCAUUGUUAAUGAAAUUCCAAUGGCUAAAGUUGAUGCCAUGGAGUUAGAUCUCAGCUCAAUCCUCUCCGUAAGAAAAUUUGCAUCCAAUUUCAAUUCAUCCGGCCUCCCUCUCAACAUUCUAAUUAAUAAUGCAGGAAUUAUGGCAAUCCCUUUCACGCUCUCCAAAGACAAAUUUGAGCUGCAGUUUGCCACAAACCAUUUAGGUCAUUUUCUUUUGACAAGUUUGUUAUUGGACACUAUGAAGAAGACAACGGAUAAAUGUAAAAGAGAGGGUAGAAUCGUUAAUGUUUCGUCAGGGGCUCACCUGAAACCAUACCGUGAAGGAAUUCGUUUCAACAAAAUCAAUGAUCAAGCGGGAUAUAACAGGUUUCUUGCAUACGGGCAGUCGAAGCUUGCAAAUAUUCUACAUGCUAACGAGCUUUCAAGACGCCUAAAGGAUGAAGGGACGGAAAUAACUGCAAAUUCACUUCAUCCUGGAGUUAUAGCGACUAAUCUCUUCCGCUAUAACAACUUUAUAAAUGGUUUUGUGGCUAAUCUGGCCAAAUAUUUGAUAAAAAAUGUCCAACAGGGAGCUGCAACGACAUGCUAUUUGGCGCUUAAUCCUCAGGUGAAGGGGGUAAGUGGGGAGUAUUUUUCCCAUAGCAAUAUUGCUCCAACCAGUUCGAUGGCUAAGGAUACCGAAUUAGCUAAGAAACUGUGGGAUUUCAGUAACGAAUCGGUUAAUAAGUAAUAAUUUGUAUUUGCUAAAAAUAUAUGGUUUGGAUUGGAUUGUGAAAUUGAUCUGUGUGGGGUUGCGAAGAAUGGGAAACUAAAAUUUGAAUUAUGAAGUUGUAUUUAACACAUGUUAUUUGUACUGUCCUACAGUAAUUGUUUGGCUUA